GGCCGCCGGUGCCGCUGCUGGAGCGGGUCCCUGUCACUGCCCGGAGCGGGGCCGGCUCUCCAGCCCGUGCCGCUGUUCGGCUGCCCGCAGUGACAUGCCCGCCAUGGCUCUGUCCUGCGUGCUGCGGCCACCGCGCUGCCACCUCCGCCCUCCGCCGCUCUCCCCGCUCGGCCUGCCCGCUCCGCCCCGCGGCCUGCGGACAGCCACAGCAGCAACGUGCCGAGGGAAGAGAAAGGCCGGGGUGAGCUGCAGCCUGCCAGAGCCUUCCUGGGAGGAGAGGUUAGCAAAUGCAGUGACACCACUGUGGAGACUUCCCUACCAGGAGCAGCUGCAGGUCAAGUAUGAAAGCCAGAGGAAGAUUUUGCAGACAUUGGCAUCUCGUCUUGAGGAGCUGGGCAUAGAUGCACAGAAACCUGGUGGGCUCUGCUGUCCUCUGCAGCCUGUAGUCCCUUCGCCCAUCAUUAAUGGCUACCGAAACAAAUCGACUUUCUCUGUGAACCGAGGACCAAAUGGGAACCCCAAAACUGUUGGGUUGUAUGUAGGAACUGGCAGAGGAAGAAAUAUUGUCUGUGUGAAAGCAAAUCACGUGGAGAACAUACCUUCAAAACACAAACAAGUAGCCCAGUGCUAUGAGGAGUUCAUCUCUCGCUCCCCCCUGGAUUCCUGCAUCCUCUUCCAUGAAGGCGGACACUGGCGAGAGCUCGUGGUUCGUACCACCAGCUGUGGCCACACCAUGGCUAUCAUCACCUUCCACCCCCAGCAGCUGGGCCAGGAGGCACUGGCUACUCAGAAAGCAUUGCUGAAGGAGUUCUUCACAUGUGGGCCUGGAGCAGUCUGUGCCUUGACUUCACUUUAUUUCCAAGAGAGCACCAUGACACGCUGCUCUCACGAGCAGUCCCCCUACCAGCUCCUCCAUGGAGCACCGCACAUCUUCGAAGAACUGCUCGGCCUGAAGUUUCGCAUCUCUCCAGAUGCCUUUUUCCAAGUCAACACAGCUGGAGCAGAAGUUCUGUACCAGGCAGUUGGGGAGCUCUGCCAGGCUACAGGGGACACUGUUCUCCUUGAUAUCUGCUGUGGAACAGGCACAAUUGGUCUCUCUCUGGCUCACCAGGUGUCCAAGGUUAUUGGUGUUGAGGUGGUGGAGAAGGCAAUAGAGGAUGCUCAGUGGAAUGCAGCAUUCAAUGGGAUCUCAAACUGUGAGUUUCACAGUGGAAAGGCAGAGGCUGUGUUACCACAGCUCUUGGCAUCGUGGGAGGAUGCCCGACCGCUUGUUGCUGUGGUGAACCCUUCUCGGGCUGGCCUACAUUACAGGGUUGUACGAGCCAUCCGGAACUGCAGGUCCAUCCGCAGGCUGCUCUACAUCUCCUGCAAGCCAGAGGGUGAAGCCAUGAGGAACUUCCUUGAGCUGUGCUGCCCACCUGACCCACGGAAGAAGCUGGCAGGGGAGCCAUUUGCCCCUGUGUUGGCUAUUCCUUUUGAUUUGUUUCCUCACACUGUUCAUUGUGAGCUGGUGCUGCUCUUUACCCGCUGAGGAGGCAGGAAUGAGCUCUGAGAGCUUGGGAAGCAAUUUCCUCCUGUCCUGAAGACCCAAUGUAGUUAGGAUUUUAACUUAUUUUCUGUGAAGUUGUAUAAAAAUAAAUAUUUUUGUUUUUUCUCGUACUUUGGGUUGCCUAGCAACAGUAUUCUGCAAAGAGCUACUUGGAUUUCUGGGGUGAAAAGGUUCUCUGUAGCAUUUCAUCACCCUUCCUUCCCCUGCAACUUGGGCUGCUGGUUAAGCAGCCUGGGAAAGACUCUCUCCCCAAGUUGAGGAAUAUGUAGCUCGGUGUUUGAGCUGCAAAUUCUGCUCUGGAUAGUGGGAAAUUGCUGGAGCCCCAGGUAAGGAGCCUUGAAUGGGUGCUGAUCUUGUGCCUAACAAAGGUCAUGGGCCUUCCAGCACUGGCUGGGUGUGGGUGGCUUCUCCCCCACAGAACUGUUGUGCAAGGGGUGGGAGAUUUAGGAUAGAAGAGUAUGAAAGCCCAGGGAUUCCUUUGUUGGUGUCCCUGCCUGGAGGAAGCACCAGCUUUGGCAAUGAGAUUUUUCUAUAAAACAAAAUAAAAAGAACAUAUUUCAGUGUCUCUCUUUCCACAUCUGCCUCCCCCUUCUCCAGUAAUGAUUGCUGAUGCCUAAAUAUGAAGUGCCCUGUGAAAAAAUAAGCUGCAAUAUUUUCCUCUUCAGGAUGUUCUGCAAUAGCUAAUUAAAAUUUUUCUUGUGUUUCGUAUGUGUCUUGUCCUGUUCACAGUGUUAUAUUUCUCCAGCUCUUCCAGAGAUGGAGCUGCUGUAAUGGGGAGGGAAGUCUGAGUGAGCAGAGCUCCCUUGUGUUGUGUGAGUCCCAGAAUGUUUUGAAUCAAGGCUGAUAAAUUCUCAAGGAAAGUGUGAGAGUUGCCUGUAUUUUUCAGACUUUUAACUCCAGUCCUCAGCUUUGAAUAAUAACAACAACCAGUUCUCAAGCUAUGGGAGCUCAAAACACAUGUGUUUAGGACUUGAGAAUGACUACACCAUAAAGGGAGUGAUGAUAAGGUUCCUGACAAGCAUAGGAAGUAUCACUCUCGCACUAUCCCAUGAGCGUAGGUUUUUACACAGUUGCGGCCUCUUCAUUUUAUACCCAAUUUUAUUCCAGCAGUUCUGUUUCAUGUAAUUAUACCUUGGUUUCUCGCUGCGAGAUCUGAAUAAGUUUCUGCCAGGUUUUGGUCAAAAGGAAA